AUGGGUGCUCAGAUCGCCUCUUUGAGGUCGUCCGCCAACAGGGGCGUCCAUGUGAGCGCCGUAAACAAGGAUGCGGCGUCGAGUGCACAGAAGGCCGCAGAGGGAGCCAGCAAGCAGCUGACGAACCUUGCGGACAAGGCUAGGCAGCUGGGCAAACCGCUGGCAGAUCGAGCCAGCAGCGUGACCGGUGUCAACGUAUCUUCGUAUGCCGAUUCGCUUCUCUACAAUCUCCGUGUGGCCGGCUCGCUCUUCAAACAGGUCUACAUCGCCGAAGGCAUGGCUCCCCCAAAGCUGCAGGCAAUUCAAGAGGCAUACAGGACCAUGUAUGCGCGGGCUGUUGAUGCAAACUGGUGGACAGGCAUUGUCAACAAUGGCGAGUGGAAGAGGUUGGCCCUCUACGCCGUAGAGGCCUAUGGCAUCUUCAACAUCGGCGAGAUGAUUGGGCGCAGGCACAUUGUCGGAUACAAGGUUGACAAGUCGGCCGCCUCCUCCGCAAGUGGACACCACUAG